AUGUUCCACCGCGGUCGCACCACCACUACGACAAGAACCACUAAGCCGACUUUCAUGACCCGGCUCAAGGGUCCCCAUGCUAAAAGCAAGACGGUGAAGACUACAACCACUACGCAACCGAGUGCUACUCAUCGCACCAACAAGCGCCAUUUGGGGCCCCAGCAACAUCACUAUAAGCGCAAGCCUACCUUUGGUGACAAGGUCUCUGGUGCUAUGAUGAAGAUGAAGGGCAGUCUUACACACCGUCCUGGUGUCAAGGCUGCUGGAACUCGCCGCAUGCACGGUACUGACGGUCGAGGAAGCCACCAUCAUGUUUACUAG